AUGGAAUCAACAGAGAAUAAAAUUGAAAAAAAUGAAUCAACAAUGACAUUAGAAGAGAGAAGAAGAGAAGCAAGAAAGAAAAGAAUUAAUAGUAAUACAGGUGAUCGUUUAAGUUUUAUUCAAAGUCAUACAAAUGAAUUAAAAAAUGAUUUAGAACCAAAACCAAUUGAAACCAAACAAACAAAUAAUGGUGAAUUAUCAGGAUCAGCAUCAUCGUCAGGACAAAUUAAUUUAAAUUCAAUAUUUGAACAACAAAGAAUUUUAAAAGAUCCAUUAUCAUUCUCAAUUUUAAGAUGGAUUGGUAUAAUAUUCUUUGCAUUAAUAUUCGUAUCAAAUUCAAUGUUAUCAUGUUCACCAGAGUUCUUUGAAACAUCAUUAGCAUCAUCAACUAAAGAGGCAACAACAUUUUCAGAAUCAAUUUUACAAAAGUAUCAAUGGAUUUUCAGAAUACUUUAUCUUAGUACUCAUACUGAUAAUAGUAGUGGCAAGCAACAAUCACCAAAUCAGUUACUUUAUAUCUAUUUAACAUUGGGUUUGGUUUGGUUAGUUUGGGAGUAUAUAUUAGUUUACAGAAAUAGAAAAGAAGUACCACAUCUUAGACAAAAAACAUUCCUUUCAUUUGCACGUUCUGAUGCUUUGUUAAUCGCUUUCGUCUACAUUGUAUUAUUGGAUUGUAUAUUACGUUUUAAAGAUCACUUUUUACCAAUUAAUCAACAAUCUUUUAUUAAAGAUAAUUAUUUAAUCUCAAUUUUAUAUUAUCCUUUAAUAAUUGCUUUCGUUGGUCAAUUAUUUAUUAAUUAUUUUGCAAAAUCAAUUUCAAUACUUUCAAUUGAUAAUAGAAUUUAUAAAAUUUAUCAAGGUUUAUCACAUUUCGUAUUAGCAAUUUUGAUUUCAUUUUUAUGUUCAGAAUGGUGGGAAUGUUCAAGUUGUCAUUGUUCAUCAUCAUAUGGUUUAUUAUGGUUGAUUUCAAAAUCAAGAGGUUUAUUAUUGUGGGCUCAUAUUUGUAUUAAUUUCAUUUCAAGAAUUUUAGGUUAA